ACAGGAAAGCAAAUUGACCAAUCGCAAAGCUUGGCAGUCGUAAAGCAAAGUCGGGCAUCGUCACUCGUUGGUUUGCGCUUCCGAUCAUUUUGCUAGGGGCGAGUGGGUUGCUGAGCGGGAUCACAAAAAGCUGAUCCGGUUGUGCGUUGAUUUGUUGGUGCCGGUGGCGGUGUAUUGGCAUCCUUCCGAGGUUUAUGAAUAUUUAUUGAGCAAUUUAGGCAACGGCAAGGAUAUAACCAGUCAGGCAUCAUGAUAAGUGUACAGUCUAUAGUCAUUGUAGCUGUUUUGCUGGCGUUUCUCAUAAGGCAAAUUGCCGCUUCCACCGGGGAUCAGAGUCAGUUCUUCCAAAAUUGCUUGAGGAAUUGUGUGCUGGAAAAUUGUACCAAGUCUGGAUUGGCUUUUAAACGGAAUCUGCAAGGCAGCCAAAAUCCAAUCAAUAAACUUCUACUGUGGACCUGCUAUGACGAGUGUGGUUACGAUUGCAUGUGGCGAACGACGAGUGCAUUUCUGAACCGAAACUGGACUACGCCGCAGUUCUAUGGAAAAUGGCCUUUUGUGCGUUUUCUCGGCUUGCAGGAACCGGCGUCGGUGUUCUUUUCUAUGACCAACUUUGGUACGCAUUACUCUAUGUUGAAGAAAUUCCGCAGAGAGGUUCGACCCGAUAGCCCGAUGUACACGCUGUGGCACGUGUUUUCGUAUAUUUGCCUGAACGCGUGGAUAUGGUCAACGGUGUUCCAUUCGCGGGAUUUUCCCAUAACUGAGUUAUUUGAUUACGCUUUCGCGUAUUCGAUGGUGCUGGCGUCCUUCUACUGUAUGGUUAUGCGAAUGAUUCAUCGCAGAUCUGGAUACUUGAAGGCAGUGUUCAGCUUAUUAUGCAUCGUGUUCUUCAUUAACCAUUUCUCCUAUUUGAGCGUUGGACGGUUCGACUAUGGGUAUAAUAUGAAGGCAAACAUUGUAACUGGAAUGGCAGGAGCUGUUGGAUGGAUUUUCUGGUGCCUUCUGCAGCGUCGAAAACGCCGCUACGUCUGGAAGUGCUUCCUCUUCAUCGUGUUAGCCACAUCGUCGCUACUGCUCGAGGUUAACGAUUUCCCACCGAUAUUCUGGACAUUUGAUGCCCACUCCAUCUGGCAUCUAGUCACGGUACCGCUCACAGUACUGUUCUACAGCUUCAUCAUCGAUGACUGCAGAACCCUGCGCCAAGAGCUGUACGGCAGUGGAGAUGAUGACACGCGGAAAUUGCUGUAAAUUGUAUAUUACUCUAGAAGAUAAGCGUGUAGUAGUAAGAGUUUCGUGAUUUGUAAGACUUGACAUGUAGUAUAUUUUGGAAUCACUCACGUCUGCCACCGAACGAUCGAGAUUCGAUUGAGAACAGGACAAUAAUUGAGAGAACCUCUGUCCGCGGUGACGUAGGACGGGGAAAAUGCCGAAAUGAAAAAAAAAACGUCUGACAAUGUUAUGUAGAUAUUUGGUAGAACAAACCUCUGCUAUUCAAAAGCCAAUACAUUCUGGUCAAUCCUUUCCGCCGUAUUUCGGAAAGGGGAAUAGGUUACAUAUAUCAAUUAAACAAUUAUAUAUAAAUAUUUAAAGCCAUUAUUGAUGUUGAACAAAUAGAUAGGCUUGAGUCAUACAGAACGUAGAAUAGGUAGUAACUUUCAAUGUUGUACAAUGUAGAGUAGAUAUAUAAAUUUGCGACUAGGUUUUACCAUUCCACUUGGAAAAUAAACUGAUAAUACUGAA